AUGAUCACCAGACGCCAUGGACACAAACAUCGUCGGAUCUGCCAGGAACACGGCUGCACAACAUGUGCAUCAUACGGCAAAAGCGGCAGCACGAAGGCGGAGCGCUGCUCUCAACACCGCCAGCAGGGUAUGGUUGACGUCGUCAACAAGACGUGCGGCCACCCAGGGUGCAUGAAGCGGCCGUCAUAUGGUGCAACCGGCAGCAAGAAGGCGGAGUUCUGCAAGAGGCACGCGAAGCACGAUAUGGUUGACGUCGUCAACAAGACGUGCGCCCAUCCAGGGUGCAUGAAGCGGCCGUCACAUGGUGAAACCGGCAGCAAGAAGGCGGAGUUAUGCAAGAGACACGCGACGCAGGGUACGGUGGACGUCGUCAGCAAGAAGAGGUGCGGCCACCCAGGGUGCGUGAAGGGGCCGUCAUAUGGUGAAACCGGCAGCAAGGAGGCGGAGUUCUGCAAGAGGCACGCGAAGCAGGGUAUGGUUGACGUCACGCACAAGAGGUGCCACCACCCAGGGUGCAUCACCAUCCCGAACUUUGGCGUAAGCGGCAGCAAGGAGGCGGAGUUCUGCAAGAGGCACGCGAAGCAGGGUAUGGUUGACGUCACGCACAAGAGGUGCCACCACCCAGGGUGCAUCACCAUCCCGAACUUUGGCGUAAGCGGCAGCAAGGAGGCGGAGUUCUGCAAGAGGCACGCGAAGCAGGGUAUGGUUGACGUCAACAACAAGAGGUGCGGCCACCCGGGGUGUACUACCUCCCCGAGCUUCGGCAGGGACGGCGGCAAUAACCGCGACUUCUGCAAGAGGCACGCGAAGCGAGGAAUGAUACAGAACGCUAAAGCCGGUACGAAGGUGACCGCUUGA